AUGGCGACUCCAAGUGACGGUGAUGUUGAACAGAAGCAGGCUGUGAGUAGCAGCAAAGCUAAGAAACAUGACAGCGGUGCGGCUGACUUGGAGAAAGUCACUGACUACCAUGAAGAAAUGGAAAUAGUCAGUCAAGAUAUGACAGAUGCUAUGAGUCAUCUAGGAGAUAAAAUUAAGAAAGAAAAAGCAGCGAGAGCACAGCGAGAACAAGAACUUGCCAAAGUUAAAGUGAGAAAAGAAGACGUGGACCUUGUAGUGAAUGAAAUGGAAAUUCCUAAAUUUAAAGCGGAAAGGAUACUGAAAGAACACAACGGAGACUUAGUAGCAACACUUACUGCUCUUACAGACUGAUGACACCUUCCCCGCUCUUAUGUUACUUACAUCCCCCCCCCCUCCCCCCAGAAUCUGAAUUGCUGUCUCAUAUGAAAACAUGAAAAGUGCUUAUGGUAUAAAUCAGAUUAAACAGCGCCCUCUUGUGUCAAAGUAUGCGAUUCUGUACAUUUCUAUAUCUUCGACUUCCAGGAAUGUGGUUUAUUAAGAACUUCUAUCAAUGUGACUGGUUACAACAGAACCCGUGAAUGUGUUCUCUAUUUUUUAGUUACCAGAACCUUAAAUCAAACAGCGCCCUCUUGAGUCAAAAUAUGUUGUUCUCUAGAUACAACAUUCAGAACUUUCUCCAAGACGUUAGGCACUAUUGUGAUUCCCUCUUUUUUUUAAUUCAACUUUUUGUAAAAUAUGGCAAAUAUUUAUUCUUACUGUUUUGUUUAAUAUAAUAACAGAAUAACUAAGCCAUAGAUUUGUAAUAGGAAUUUUAGUGAGAACAAAUUACUUUGAAAUAGUGAUCAACUAAAUUUUUGUUUUUAUUUUGUCAAAUAUGUACACAAGAUGUCACAGUGAAUGGGGAAUCACCUCAUUAAGGUAGAAGCCUACUCAGAAAUGCAAAUAUCCGGAAUUUAUUCAUAUAUUUUAAUAAAUUGUAUCUCUGGGCAUUAAAUAUAAUUUGACUUGUCAGGGGUCACCAGCUUAAUUUUCGAGAAAAUGAUGGUUGUAUUUUAUUGGAUAGUGGCCAUUUCGACAGUAUUAUAAUGCUUUAUCAGAUAUUAUGCCAUAUCUUAAAAUGUAAGCUAGUGACAUAGGCUAAAAAAAAUCAUAUAUUGUUAAGGAUGGGGUACUUUUUGUUACUAAAUUAUUUCAAAAAUCUGCGUUAAACAUUGUGCUAUUUAAAAUUAUUCUGAAAAGAGCAAUUUUUUUUAAAAUAUUGGGAUAAGUUUCCCAAAAUAUUACUGGAACACCCAACCAAUGCUAUUCCAUGCUGCCAUGGGACAAUAGCAUCACGAUUUUUUCAUAAUAGACCACUAAACUCUGUCAUGCGAUUGAUGACCAACUUCCUCAAAAAUUAUGAAUAGACUUCUACCUAAUAAUAUGAUAGAGGUACUAGUAACUUUUAAUAUACAAUCACUGUUGUAAGUUUGCCUCUGCCUCCACCUGAACAAAUGCCUAUGCAAAUUAGGUAUCAGGAACCAUUCAAAACUUACCACUUUCUAUAGGAACAGACUGGUUAAGUAAACUAUGAUUUGAUUGGAUGACAAAUGUCAGUAGGAUGGUUAAUUUGCAUAUGUAGUUGUAUAUUAAAGACUACAACAAAUAUUAACGAUGCUGAUCUGUACCAUUAAAACUUGUUUUCCCUCAUUUCUGUAUUAUUUUCCAGCAAAUUUAAUUUGAAUAUAAUAAAAUAUUCUGACAAAUUCAAA